UCCGCGCGGCAAGCGGCUGGCUUGGGGUCGGCGGCGGCAGCGAGGAGCGGAGGGAGCCGGGCGGGGCCGGCCGGGAGACCCUUCCCCUGCCCCGGCGGCGGGAUGUUCAAGAACACGUUCCAGAGCGGCUUCCUCUCCGUGCUGUACAGCAUCGGCAGCAAGCCCCUGCAGAUCUGGGACAAGAAGGUACCGGGCCCGGGGGGGGGGGGAGCUCUGGGGGCCGGGCCCCUGCAGAUCUGGGACAAGAAGGUGCGGAAUGGCCAUAUCAAAAGAAUCACCGAUAACGAUAUCCAGUCACUGGUGCUGGAGAUUGAAGGAACAAAUGUCAGUACCACGUACAUCACCUGCCCUGCUGACCCAAAGAAGACACUGGGCAUCAAACUGCCCUUCCUGGUGAUGAUCAUUAAGAACCUAAAGAAAUACUUUACCUUUGAAGUGCAGGUGUUGGAUGAUAAGAACGUGCGCAGGCGCUUCCGGGCAAGUAACUACCAGAGCACAACCCGGGUGAAGCCCUUCAUCUGCACCAUGCCCAUGCGGCUGGAUGACGGCUGGAACCAAAUUCAGUUCAACCUGUCCGAUUUCACACGCCGCGCCUAUGGCACGAACUACAUCGAGACCCUGAGGGUCCAGAUCCAUGCGAACUGUCGCAUCCGGAGGGUGUAUUUCUCUGACAGACUCUACUCGGAGGAUGAGCUUCCAGCUGAGUUCAAGCUAUACCUCCCUGUUCAGAACAAGGCCAAGCAAUAAACUGCAUCAGAAAGAAACAUGAGGAACGCGCCAUGGCUCGGUAUGAACAUGAAGGCAGGUGGAGGAGAAUGUCCUAAUGAAACACAAUUAGCUAAAUUCACUCUGCAUAGGGUAACUUGAAUCAUUUGGUAUCCCUUUCCUGGGCAGGACACAACUAACCAUGUAAUACUGGAAUUGCAUUGUACGUCCAUAGGAAGCACAGAAUCAGAGUAUUUAUCUGGCUGUUCCUAAAAGCGGAGUCUAAACACUGCGAGUGACGCGGUACCUAAUCUUUGCCUGGCUUGGGGGAAUUACCAAGUCAAUGAGAGUAGCGUGUCUGAAGAGAGGAUCUGGUGUGGAAUUACAGGGUUAAGUGUGCCCUCUGAAAGAUACCAAUGUGUUUUUCCUUUCCUGGUUUCCAUCUUUUUUUUUAUAUGUGCUCUAAAUAUGGAUGUAAUACUCACACUUUGAAAGUUAUUAAACAUUUGAUUCUGUUUGUAA